GAGGUUUCGCUGACGCUGGAAAAUGGCGUCUUCAGCCAAACGGCGGCAGCUGGAUCCGGGAGUAGAGGAGUCGGAGGAAAGCGAAACGGAGGAAGAUUCAGGGGGAAGCAGCGAAGAUUCGGAUGAAGAAAUUCAGCAAGAGGUACAAGUAGAUUUUGAAGCACAUACCAUAUCUGACAAUGAUCAUGAUGGAAUCAAGAGACUGUUGCAACAGUUAUUUCUCAAGGCCAAUGUAAACAUCACUGAACUAGCUGACAUCAUUAUACAGCAAAAUCAUGUUGGAAGUGUUAUUCGGCAAGCUGAGAUAUUAGAUGGAAGUGGCGAUGAAGACGAUGAAGAUGAUAUCUUUGGGUUCAUCACUGUUUUAAAUCUGAUGGAAAGAAAGGGAACUGAGUCUGUUGAACAGAUUAAAGAAUUGGUUCUGAGCCAGUGCAAGACUCAUCACCAGAGUGCAGCUGAGCAGCUGGACAAAAUACUAAAUGACAACAGCAAGCCAGUGAGCUUUCUCAUCAGUGAGCGCUUCAUUAAUGUGCCACCACAGAUCUCGCUGCCCUUGCACAAACAACUCCAGGCUGAAUUGAUGGAUGCUCACAGGACCAAUAAGCCUUGUGGCAAGAGUCAUUAUUACCUUAUGAUCAGCAAGACCUGUAUAGAAAUGGGAAAGAAAAACAAGCCGCAGCAAAAAGGCAAGCAGAAAGAAGAAUUAAUGUUUGCAAAUGCAGAAGAUGAAUUCUUUUAUGAGCAAUCUGUUGUGACGUUCAGCUACUCGGUGCAAGAAGAGAGCGACAGCUGUCUGUCGGGACGUUGGUCAUUUGAUGACAUUCCUAUGAAACCUCUUCGCACAGUUAUGUUAAUUCCUGCUGACCGCAUAAAUACAAUUAUGGACAAACUCAAAGAAUACCUAAGGCUAUAACCAACUCUAACAAUAGAAAUCGUUCAUUUUGGGUAAAUAAAUUGGGCUAUGAAGCUUCAAAUUGUAAAUAUUGUGCAGUUAUUUUAUCCUGUUCAUUUGGUAUUUUAAUGAAAAAUGAAAUCUUGUGGAUAAAUAAAAAUUCAUUGCGAUA